AUGCAAUUCUACGCCGUCGAGAUUGCUCGUAACCGCGCCGGUCUCAACGACUGGAUAUAUGAGAAGGCUCAGCAAGACAAGGCGAGUGCUUCUCUUGUAUACAGUCUUGCCAACUAUCCCGUACAUCCUCAGGUCACGAAACCGAAUGGCAUACUCAAAUUCUCCGGUCAGAUGCCUCCGAACCGCCGAAGUGACACAACGCAAAAUCAGCCUAGUAUUCGAGCCAAAGAUGACUCGCCACAGGAUACCGAGAAGAAGCUCCCGACACCUUGGAAAGCGCUUUUUUUCUUCACAACCAGAGCACAGCUCCCGCUUCUCGUCGCGGGCGCUAUAAGCUCUCUCCUGGCUGGCGCCACCAGUCCUUUCACAUCAUACGUCACUGGCAAAUUGUUUCAAGGCUUUACGGACUAUGCCGCCGGGAAGUACACAGGGGAAGCGCUUCUACAGGAACAGCGAAUGUAUGUACUAUAUUUGGUAGCGAUUGGUGCUGGAAGCUGGAUUUUCCAUUCGCUCGACUUCGUGUUUUGGCUGGCGUUUGGAGAGCUGCAGGCGAAAAGCGCGCGGGACCGACUGUUUUAUGGUUUACUCGAGAAAGAUAUCGAAUGGUAUGAUCGGCGCAAGAAUGGCAUUGGCGCGUUGCUACCACGACUGCAAGCGCAAAUACGAGAUCUGCAGCUUGCGACAUCACAGCCUCUUGGCAUCCUGUUCUCGGCCCUGGCGCAGUGCAUCCUGAGCCUGACAGAAGCGUUCUACUAUCAGUGGAAAGUAGCUGCCAUGACACUGGUGCUCGCACCUGUGCUCAUGACGCUCUUUGCGGUCGUCGCGGGCACGAUGCAAAAGCACAUUCAGGUGCAGCAGGACAAGCUCGGCGAAGCUCAGAAAUUCGCCAUCUCAGCUUUCGGAUCCAUCGAGACCGUGAAGUGCUUCAAUGGCCAGGAAGCUGAGCGCGAUAAGUACAUGCUUCGUGUAAACAGUGCCGCCGCUUCAUACUCUCGCAUUGCCUUCGCAGCUGGUCUGCAGCAGGGCGCAGCGGCAUUCUUCGGCAGCGCAAUGUUCGUGCUGGCCUUCUAUUAUGGUGGUGUGGUCAUUCGCAACGGCGAAGCCACCGUGGCGGACGUGAUGACUUCAUUCUUUGCAGCAGUCGGCGGGUUCCAGGCACUGCAGUCCAUACUGCCGCAGAUGGUCAACCUAGAGAAAGGGAGGACAGCAGGCUCUAGCUUAAGAGCAGUGAUGGCGGAGGUACAGCGCGGUGGCGUGGUGCAGAGCAACCAGGGCUGGCUCACGCCGCGUACCUGCAAGGGCGAUAUCGACGUCAAGAACGUUACGUUCGCCUACCCGUCCAGGCCAGAUCAGCUGGCAUUGGACGACGUAACGAUGUUCAUCGCUGGCAGCGAGAUGACGUUUCUGAUCGGCCGUAGUGGAUCGGGCAAAAGCACAAUCAGUCAGCUGCUGAUGGGCUUUUACAGGGUUGCAAAAGGUCAAAUCAUGAUCGAUGAAGUGUCGCUGGAUACGCUUGAUGUGGGAUGGCUGCGGUCGAAAGUGACUUUGGUAGAGCAGACAAGCUUGCUCUUCAACGCUACUGUGUUUGACAACAUUGCGUUCGGCGGACCUGAUCACGAGAAUGUCACGCGAGCAGAGGUAAUGCAGGCGGUCGAAUUUGCACUUCUUCAACUCAUGAUCAGCGAUAUGCCAAACGGAUUGGAAACUGUCGUUGGGUACAAAGGAGGCACGAUGUCAGGCGGGCAGCGUCAGCGCAUAGCAUUGGCACGAGCUAGGCUGCGCGAUACACCUAUACUGAUCUUGGACGAAAGUACUAGUGCUUUGGAUCAUAUCAGUCGUGCGUUGAUGAUGGAUGCUAUCCGCCUGUGGCGAAAGGGUAAGACGACCAUCAUAAUAACACAUGAUAUCUCACAAAUCCUUGCAGACGAUUAUGUUCUUCUUCUCGAGCAUGGAAAGCUUGUACAGCAAGGGUAUCGUCGACAUCUGGAGAAGAUGAAAGAUACACCAUUCCAGUCCUUCCUACCAAUAGAACAAAGAGCAACACUUUCACCGUACGACGCUCGGAAAGCUACAAUGUCGAUAUUCGAGAGCAUCAGAACACGAGGAUCUUCCAUCGAUACCCUGGGCCACGAUUUCGACGAAGGCUAUGUCACCCACGACCUAUUAGAAGCGCGAAUGGAUGCUUACGAGAACAAGCGUAUCACCUUCCUGCCAGCUGUCUUCGAAACCAGCCACACCAACCCAGUGAUGGGACCUCUGGGCAGAGUGGUGCCUGGUGCACUAGGCGGCUGGAUGCCAGGGUCAAACCUUUCGCCGACAUCACCACGGUCCUCAAUGCGAUUUUCGCAGCUACUGGACGGCGAGAAUGCAUUGACCAAUCCAGAAAGUAAUGGAUCGAACUCUAGGUGGUCUGGCAUGCUACAAACACUUAUCGACCGUACUGGGAGGCAGGCAGCUGACGCCCGGACGGCCGGACAGCGGAAGGCCUUUGAUGUGAAGAUGUUGUCGCUCGCAUUGGCUGAGGAUCACGAUUUGUUGUUGGCCAGGAAGUCCAAGAAACGUAGCGCAGAGCAGGUGUCAAGUCACAGGAAAUGGACUCUUGCCGAAGUUAUGCUUACUAUCUGGCCCAACGCUACUCUACCCUCUCGCAUUAUGCUGGUGCUGGGAGUUUACAGCUGUACUGUCCACGCCAUUUCUGUCCCGCUGUUCGCCUAUAUCCUUUCGCAGCUCCUUUCAACUUACGCGCAGCCGGUAGGAUCAGCUCACAAGCAGUUGAUAUAUGCCUUGUCGAUACUGGGCAUAGCUGUCGCUGAUGGAUUGCAUACCUGGAUGCAGCGGUACAAUCUCGGACGUGCUGGUCAGUCGUGGGUGGAUAGCUUUCGUGAUCGGGCUAUCACCAGAAUCCUGGAUCAGCCCAAAGUCUUCUUCGAUGCGCCGGAGAACUCUGUCAGCCACCUGGUCGACAGCCUGGACCGUAACGCUGAGGCUAUGCGUGAGCUGCUGAGCACUUUCACAUCGUUGGGCUAUGUUGCUCUCAUGAUGUGUGUCGUCUCGUUACUAUGGGCGCUAGCAGCGCAGUGGAAGAUGACACUCAUUGCUCUCUCAGUCGGACCAUACAUCCUCGCCGUAUCUCGUGUCUACGCCUCAAUCAGCGGCAAGUGGGAGACAGCUAGCGCUGAUGCCGCCGAGACAGCUUCAGCCAUCUUCACUGAGACCUUUACCAAUAUUAAGACCGUGCGAGCCCUGACACUUGAAGAGCACUUCAGGCAGAAGUAUGUCACCGCUACUAACAAGGGCCUGACCAUCGGUCUCCAGCGGUCUUUUCACACGGGCUUCUUCUUUGGCUUGUCAGACUCUGCGACGAGCUUCGCCACCGCAAUGAUUUUCUACAUUGGGACUGUGCUCAUCAAGAACGGAGCUCCAGUGAUGAAGUGCAUCCAAGUUUUCGUCAUGCUCAUCUUCGCCCUGACAAACAUCGGCGUCAUCCUCUCUUGCAUACCUGAAGUCGGCAGUAAUCUCGAUGCCGCCUCACGACUUAUGCGUCUGGCAUAUCUCCCGAAGGAUUCUCACGAACACCUCGGCGACACGAAUCUCGUCCGCGCAGACGAGAUCGUCUUCACCAAUCUCCGCUUCGCCUACCCAUCUCGUCCAGAGCAGGCUAUCUUGAACAACAUCAACAUCCACUUCCCGCCUGGCACAAGCACAGCACUAGUUGGUGGCUCCGGCUCCGGCAAAUCUACUAUCGCCAACCUCCUCCUAGACCUAUGGUCUGUAGCUCAAUGUUCUAGCAGUAGUGGAGACAUACAGAUCAACACCCGGGAGAUCCGGACUCUCUCUACACCGUCUAUCCGUGCGCAAAUAGUCCCAGUCCUGCAGACACCAACACUCUUCGCUGCGACGGUAGCAGAAAACAUCACUUAUGGCCUCUCGCCCCUUUCGCCAUACAACAAUCUCCGCUCCGUAACCGAGGCGGCGAAAGCAGCAGGCAUCCACGACUUCAUCGUCUCCCUACCACUAGCCUACGACACCUUGAUAGGAGAAGGCGGUGUCGGCUUAUCAGGAGGUCAAGCCCAGCGCGUGAACAUCGCUCGAGCACUUGUACGUAGACCAGGUGUCCUCAUUCUUGACGAAGCCACAUCAGCCCUAGACGUCGAGAGCGCGGAGCUGAUACGUCAGACUUUGGUGAAGCUUGUGAACGAUAAGAGGAGGGCGAUGACGGUGAUCAUCAUCACGCACAGUCGGGAUAUGAUGGAGAUGGCUGAGAGGAUCGUCGUGCUUGAUCGAGGCAGUAUUGUCGAGGAAGGUGGGUUUGAGGAGCUGAUGGGUAAGAGCGGCGGUGCGCUGGUGAAUUUACUUAACGGAGGAGAGUGGACUGGAGCCGAAGGAUCUAGUAGAGCGGCUGGUAAGAGGACGGAAGGUGUGCCGAAGUUGAAGGCGGUAGAUUGGCAGAAGAAGCAAUGUCCUGGGAAACGGAGAGGGACUGCAAUCAGAUGA